AUGUCGAAUCAAAACAUUUUCGACAGGUUCUUCGUCAACCCGGUGGGGAGCUUUCUCGUACAACACUGGCGUAUCCUCCUGGUUAUAUUUCUUUGCCUGGCUACUGUCGUUGUGGUUGCAUCUUACACGCUUUGCAAAAAGGCAGAACCACAGGGAAGAUGGAGAAACGACUUCCAGAUGGUGUUUUACAUGUCAGCACUAAGUGCAUUCAGCAAAGAUCAUGGUGGCUUAUGGUAUCAGAAGAAAGGAGCCACUGGAAGCAUAAGAGACGAAACUAGCAGGCCAGCUUAUGAUAUUUAG